AUGAGCGGCACUAGCCCCUUCAGCGGCAACCAGGCAGGCCGUGGCUACCAGGAUGGUCGUGACCGUGGCAGCGGUCGCAACCACCGUGGUGGCUACAUGGGCCGCAAUUACGCCCGAUCUUCGGGCCUCGAGGAGCAGCAACCUGGCUCCAGCCGCAACGAUGCUGUCGCCAGGCAGCCUGCCCGUAGCAGUCACUGGGAGCCGAUGAAUGCUCCUGCCCCGACCAUGACCGGCAGGGCGCUUACAGUCGUGCAAAGUGCGGACCAACCAGGACAGGAGCUCGUGCGACAGCUGGGCGAUCGCCAGGGGACCGUCAUGCAGAAGCUUGCAUUCUACGACAACAUAGGGUUGGACAUUAACAGGGAGAUCAUGGACAGUAACAUGGGGAGACGCCAGAUUGGUCUCCUCCCCCCGGCCUCCACUGUGCCCGGUUCUACACAGAGGCAGCGACAGCAGCAGGGUGUCGAUGGCUUUGCACCGCUCCAGUCGCUGGUGCAACAGCAGCAGCAGCAGCAGCCGCCGCCUGAACGGUCUGCCAACCCUUUUGGAACGACGCAGCGAGGCCAAGUGGACGAAACUUUGGCACGUGAAGCUUCUCGCGCGUGGGACGAGCGGCAGCGCGGCAGAGAACGACCACGCCCGGCUCGCGACAACACCCCAUCGUCUGGCAGAGGAAUCAAUUCCUCUACGCCGACAUCUGGCAACAGCAAGGCCCCCAGGGCAGGGUCGAACCACUAUGGCGGCAUAACGAAAACGAAAGCCUCUGCCCCUGCCCCCACCCCCGCCCCAGCGAGAGCUCCGAUGCAGCGUGGGUGUGGCAACUGCGGCCAUGUCGGCCAUACGGUAUCCAAUUGCUGUCAUCCCUGGGCCGAUGGCUUUGUUCACGGCUGUCCGAUAUGCAAUGGCUCGGAUCAUCACACGCCGGAAGGCUGCAGGUCUGCGUGGUCGACCAACCCAGCCAAAGUCUUUCAAAGGGCCGUCACUUGGCGCGCCAACAAACCUCCCCUGCUGGCUUUUCGAAAUUGGGCAAGUUCUGUCCAGAUGCGUGGCGGACGCCUGACCACACCGCCGCCAUGGACUCCAUACAUGGUACAGGCACUGGUCGCCCAAGGCAGAAGCUCAAGCCGAAUGCCCUGGCUCCAUCACAAUUAUCUCAUCGACAGCAGGAGCACCUUGCCGGUAGAUGCAGAAGCAGCAAGACUCCUGUCGGCGGAUGCUCGGCUCGGUGAUCUCGCCCGGAUGCUGUCCGAGGUCCCCGUCCUGGCAGCCGGUAGUCCUUGGGAUGGCCGCUCAGCUCUGCCACCUGUGCCCUCUGUCCCCGGUCUCACCGUGGACACAGGCAUCGAGAAAUCCAGUCAGAUCGAGGCUGUGAAGAAAGAGAGCUCUUCCAGGGACGGCACUGAAAUUGGCGAUACCGAUAACAAAAAUGGGCUUGUAGAAGGUAAAGUCCCAGACGACAGCCAGCCGCCCACCGAGGAGCAGUCGGCUGAGACAGGGGACACUGCUCCUGCUGCUCCGCCGCCUGUUCCCCAAGCGGUUACGACAAGCUCUGCAGUGGAGGAGGAUGAAUCGGGUGACAGUGGCCUUUAUGAGCUAGACAAGGAUAUCGUUGGACUCUCGGACGAGUCUCCCGAGGAAGUCGCUCGAAAGGCGAAGCUCCAGCGGCUCGAGACCGAGGUUGCCCUGGCCAACGCCGCCUACAGGGCCGCGAUCCUUCACAAUUUCGACCACAUUGAUGAUGAUAACGCCUUGAAGGAGGUGCAGCUGACGGCUGGGAAAGUAAAGGAGAAGCGCCAGGAGCUUAAAGUGUUCCAGGCAAGCAUUGCUGGAAAGCAGGAUGUGUUGCAACUUGCAAGAACUGUUCAGACGGCGACAUUUUUUUGGACGAGAAGGGAAAAGGCCUAG